GUCCCCUGAUUGGUCAAGUGCCUCACGGUCCAAGGGGGGGCAAAAUUUGUGAAUGGCUUCAAACUGAUUGAGAUGAGGAAGGGUUUAUAAUGUUUUAUCAGCACUUUAGCAGAUGUUGUUUUUAUUCGAUGUGACGUUCUUCAGGACUGGAUUGUAACGGGGGAAACGAUGUCGGACGCUGAAGGUGCUCGCAGUCCAGACCAGCUGAAUAAAUUCGAGAAACUGACAGGCAGGCCGCCGCACGGUGAGACGUUAGCAGGUCAUCGUACUCCCCCCGCCCGCAGUGGACAUCGCUGUGUCGCUGACAACACUAACCUGUAUGUGUUUGGAGGAUACAAUCCUGACUAUGAUGAGUCUGGCGGUUCAGAGAAUGAAGACUAUCCGCUGUUCAGGGAGCUUUGGAGGUACCACUUCGCCACAGGCUGCUGGCAGCAGAUUCGAACAGAGGGCUACAUGCCCACAGAGCUAGCAUCUAUGUCAGCUGUUUUGCACGGGAACAACCUCCUGGUGUUUGGUGGCACUGGGAUCCCCUUUGGUGAAAAUAACGGCAACGACGUUCAUGUUUGUAAUGUGAAGUAUAAGCGAUGGUCAUUGCUCAACUGUCGGGGAAAGAAGCCCAACAGAAUCUAUGGACAGGCAAUGGUCAUUAUAAAUGGCUUCCUGUACGUGUUUGGAGGGACAACGGGUUACAUCUACAGCACAGACCUGCACAGGCUGGACCUGACCACCAGGGAGUGGAUCCACCUCAAGCCCAACAACCCUCCUGACGACCUGCCUGAGGAACGGUACAGACAUGAAAUAGCACAUGAUGGACAGAGGAUCUAUAUUCUGGGAGGAGGAACUUCCUGGACAUCUUACCCUCUGGACAAGAUACAUGCAUACAAUCUGGAAACUAAUUCCUGGGAGGAGAUUACAACUAAACCUCAUGAUAAAAUAGGAUAUCCUGCUCCUAGGAGAUGCCAUAGCUGCGUGCAAAUACGUAACGAUGUAUUUAUUUGCGGAGGCUAUAACGGGGAGUUGAUAUUAGCUGAUCUGUGGAAGAUAAACCUGCAGAAUUUCCAGUGGAGUAAACUACCAGCAGUGAUGCCUGAACCCGCCUACUUCCACUGUGCUGCUGUCACCCCAGCUGGCUGCAUGUACAUUCACGGUGGUGUAGUGAACAUCCAUGAGAACAAGAGAACUGGCUCUCUGUUUAAGAUCUGGCUAGCGGUGCCCAGCCUGCUGGAGCUGUGCUGGGAGAGGCUCCUCAAGGCCUUCCCCCACCUGACGUCACUCCCCGCCAUGCAGCUGCUCAACCUGGGCCUCACACAGGAACUCAUUGAACGCUUGAAAUAGGACACACACAGUGGAGGACAGACAGAUGAAUGGAUGGGAAGGACAGGGCUGGAAUGGGAGGAGAUGAGGUCUGACAGAGCACAGAAUUUAAUUCACAGCAAAAUUCUCGGGAAAAAACACCCUCUCCCUCCCCCUCGCCUAACGUAGCCCCGCCUUAAAACCAAAAACAAUGGGAUGCCUUUUUUCGUUGUUUUUGUUCUUAUUUUUUUUGCAGAUAGAGCGAUGAGACAUACAGAAAAUCAAUGUGGGAUGUUUUAUGGAUUUUACUCAACCCUCCUCCCCCCCUCCGUUGCCAUUGUUCCUUACAUGUUGCCUUCGUGUCAAUCUAAGUAGGAAUUCAGCUUCUCGCCCUUGUGACAGCUGGAAAUACUUUUGCCAUGUCAUGUUUUCAAAGAUUUCCCUCGCCCAUUUUAAAAAAAAAAAAACAGCCUUCACUACUACUUUUAAGAAUUCUGUGCAAAGGAAGAAUGCAUGCAUAUUUAUUUGAAGGAUGAACAGUUCUCUUGGGGUAUUCUGAUCACCUGUUAUUGCUGUUUGCACACUUUUUCUUGCGUAUUUGUCAGCAUUUACUUUUUUUUUUUUUUUUUAAACAGAUCCUAUAAGCAACGCUGACCAUAGUAAUGGUUUCAGUCUAUAAAAGUGGCAGACAUUGGUUUCGCUGAAGGGAUGUGCCAGUGUUUUUGCACAUUUUAGCCAAUUUACUACAAAUCACAGAUAAUUUAAAUCAUUGCUGACCAUUUUCCAAAGCAUGUCGUAGUGUUUUUCCCCACCUUCCAAGUUUCAUGGUGUAAAAAUCUACUUCCAGAGGCUUGAAAUUCGCUUGUGUCUGGUAGUCAUUCACACUAAGUUUUAGUUUGUCUGUUUUUUUUAUUGUUGGAAGUAAUGUUAUCCUCGCAUUACAUAAAUAAAAGUAGACAUGGCGUUAACUUUUAGGAAUUACCUAUCUUAAGUCUUUCCAAGUUGUUUUUAUGCCAAAUGAAUGGAAACCAGUGUCUGCCUGGAGCGAAGGAAAAACUGAAUGCCUUGGAAAUAUAAAGAAACUAAAUGUGAUUUGUGGCAAAUUGGCUAAAACAUGCACAAGUGCUGUACUGUUUGCCCUCUAUUAGUGUGAAAGAAAGGUUAAAUGCUGAUUUUGCCUGUGUCUGAGCCUUUGUAUUUCCUGUAUUUUCCAUCACACAUUAUGUUUCAGCCUAGUCUGGAGAAUUCUCUGCAAAAAAAAAAAAAAAAAAAAGGAAGGUGGGUAUCUUCAAAGAUCAAAAUGCAUCAAUAAUUAGUUUUCUAAAAAGGAAUAAUUUCAUUUCCAUCCUGUUUGCUCGCAUUUGUAAACCAAACCAUGCAACAUAUCACUGUGAAUUUGGUGCUCUUUAAAAUUAAUUUAAAAAAAAAUGCUUUUAUUCGAAUAAAGACUUAAUUCUGUUCAGACUUUUA